UAUUUACUUUCCUUAAUCAUAUCUUUAAGGGGGAAAAACAUUCAUUCAAUUUUAUGCAAUAGUUCCUGAGAAAAAAAUGAUUGAAAAUAUGCUUUUUUUGUGCGUUCACAGUGAAAUGCCCCCUUAAAAGCUAAAGUACGAGAUAUAAUGGAUACACAUAUGUGUAUUUACUUAUUUAAUUAUUUAGUUACGGAUGUAACUUAAUCGCAUGUUGCUUUGUGUAUUCUUUAAGAUUUUACAUAUUAAUGUUAAUUGUUUAGUAGAAAUGGAUGUCUGAGAAUCGUGUAUGGCAAUGUGAAAGUAUUAGCUACACGUGACCGUGUGAACGAUUGGGAAUUAAGAUAAGUAGCACGAGAAUCAGCAAGCAAGUUCCCGUGCAUUGUACUACGUGGAUCUCGAGGGAGUUCGCUUCACUUCGUUGCACGAGUAACCUAGUAUAUACUUAUGACGAACGUAAGAUGGUGAGGUUAGGAUGUGUUUACUUGUCAGAUUUCUCGAAACAAGGGAUGAAAUACGAAAACAGUUUAAAUAUAACAGGAAUGUGAACACGGAAGGUGUACGGUCAUAAAAAGAAAUCAUGUUUUUCCCUAUCGGAUGGCCGCGGGUUCUGAAUACGACAGAACCGGAGAAGAUAACAGCAGUUGUUUGCAACAGGGACAAGAUACUUUUUGCUGUCUUGACGACGGAUUCUCUUACCAUCUGGUAUUGCAAGCCAUGUGUGCCCAUAAUAUUUAUCAGAAGAACCGCAGAUUCUUUACGGAAACACGGUGAUAAUAUUCUGGUACAAUGGAGACCAGACUCCAGUAUGCUGGUCAUAGCGACAUCGGAUAGCUAUCUUUUAUUUUAUCGUCUAUCGGAUACUAGUCCAGAAGGAAGAGGUCUUUAUGAGCAAAGAGACUCUCCAGUUACCAGUUUAAAAAGAGACAGCGCUGAACUUUUUAUCAAAGAAGUUAUUCCUUCCUUGGUCUUGACAUUUGAAAAAUCUGCUUGGAUAGAUGGUGGUAUCAGUUCAUUAGUUUGUAUACGUGAUGAACUUAUGGUAGCUACAAAGACCAGCCAUAUAAUACGUCAUAAAUGGGAUGGUACUGUAAACCGAGAUUACUCUCUCGAUUUAAGAAGAAUACCAUUUAGCAUAGAUCAACAAAUAUCUACUGUAGCCAUACCUCUUACUGAAAACAAUGUAUAUGUUACCGAUAUUGAAUACUCUCCUUUAGUUGGUGGAUUUGCAAUUGUUCUUAAUACAGGCAAAGGAGCAUUUCUUACAGCACAGUCGCUGAAAUUUGAUCCUAAUCAAGUACAAGGAAUUUGGGCUAGAGAUGUCGAUGAUGCUACUUGUGCAGCUGUAAAUCAUAAAUAUCGUCUUAUUGCAAUUGGAAGGCAAAAUUCCGAAGGUGUAGUAUAUUAUGUUGAUGAAACAACAGGGGGACUAGAAAUGUCCCAUACCUUAAGCUUAUCCUCAAAAGAUUACCCGGGGAGACCAGGUCGUGUAAGGUGUUUAAGGUGGACUCCUGAUAGUUGUGCCAUCGCAUUAGCUUGGGAAGGCGGUGGCCUAGCAGUAUGGAGUACGUUUGGUGCUUUGUUGCUUUGUAGCUUAAAAUGGGAUUAUGGUUUAAGAGUAGACUUGAACCAUGAUAAUCCUUUACACAUCCACACAAUGGAGUGGUCUGCAGAAGGUUAUCAGCUUUGGAUGUUAAGAGAAUCUCCAGGUCCUUCCUUAACCGAAGAAAAUGGAAAUGAAGUAGCUAAUUUAAGGCGUUCUUUGAUACAGUUAGAUUUUGUAAAAAGUCCCUUGACGAUCAAUCCUUGCAUGGGUCAUCAUGGACAUUUAUAUUUACAAGGUGAAGAUAGAUUGUAUUUAAACCUCGGUGGUGGAGUUUCUACAAACACGUCAACUUUUCAUAUUAGUAGUGAAAUUCCUAAUGAUUCUAUAACGCAAACACUUGCGGGUUGUAAGCAAUGGCUAGUUGUUCCUAUCCCUACUGCAUAUAGCGGCUCCAAUUGGCCAAUAAGAUACACUGCUAUCGAUAACGAAGGUAUGAGCAUAGCUGUAGCUGGACGGACAGGGUUAGCUCACUAUUCUUUACCUACGCGUAAAUGGAAACUUUUUGGUAAUGAAACUCAAGAACGCGAUUUUAUCGUAACUGGAGGUUUAUUAUGGCAUCAAGGUUUUUUAAUAGCUAGUAGUUAUUCGAUAUUAGACGAUAAGGAUGAAGUUAGAAUAUACCCACGCGAUACGCGUUUGGACAACAAUUAUGUUAGAACUGUUAGAAUGCCAUCACAGGUGUUAUUACUCAAUACACUAAAAGAUAGACUCUUGACGUUUUGUGCAAAUGCUCAGAUUAGCAUUUAUGACAUGGUACUGGAAAGCAAUAAUGAUGCAGGAAGUAUAGAAUUAAUAAGAUUGCAGACUGUAGAUGUUAGUGGACUUUGUGUUCAUCCUGCUUGUGUUGUAAGUGCCACUUUAACUACUAUACGUGCAGAAACGGCCGGAAGUCAUCCACACCCUGAAAGUCUUUUGUUGAAUGUAUCUGGACGUCUUCUUAUGGUCCAAAGGGAACAUUGUACUGAUAACGCAGAAGUUCUGUAUACGUGUAGUGCUCCAACAGUAUUAGCUUCUUACGUAGAAAAUGUCUGGGUACCAUGGAGAUCAAGGAGAGAUAAACCCCACUUAACAGAAGCACUGUGGUUAUUUUGUGGUGCACAUGGGAUGCGUGUUUGGCUUCCUUUGUUUCCAAGAAAUCACCAAGAAAAGGCACACACAUUUAUGAGCAAAAGGAUAAUGUUACCUUUUCACUUACGUAUAUAUCCUUUGGCUAUACUCUUCGAAGAUGCUAUUUUAUUAGGAGCAGAAAAUGAUACAGUACUGUUUACUUCGGAUACAAAUUCGCCAUUUUCAUUACCUUUCAGUUUAUUGGAGCUUACAAGUCAAGUUUAUCUUCACCAAAUAUUACGACAACUAAUACACCGCAAUCUGGGGUAUCAUGCUUGGGAAAUUGCUCGUUCGUGUUCUUCACUACCAUACUUCCCACAUUCGUUAGAGCUUUUACUUCACGAAGUACUAGAAGAAGAAGCAACCAGCAAGGAACCAAUCCCAGAUGCUCAGCUACCCUCUGUAGUGGAAUUCAUUCGAGAAUUUCCAGGUGUAUGGGCUAGAGCAGUUGUACAGUGUGCUAGAAAAACGGAAAUAGCACUUUGGCCUUAUUUAUUCUCUGUUGCUGGUCCCCCAAAGAAGCUAUUGCAAGAUUGUCUGCAACGCCAGCAACUCGAUACUGCUGCUAGCUACUUAAUAAUUUUACAAAACCUAGAACCUUCUACCGUUAGCCGGCAACAUGCUACAUUAUUAUUAGAUGCUGCUUUAGAACAGGGAAGAUGGGAACUUUCAAAAGAUCUCGUUCGGUUUCUCAGAGCGAUUGAUCCAAAUGACGUGGAAUCUCCACGAACUUCGUGGGGAGGAACGUCAAAAUUGGGAGUACCUCCGCAAACCUCCUCACCGCCUCUUUCACCCCACGAAGAUGAUUUAUCCCUAGUAUUAGGAACCAUGCAAGUUUCGAGAAGUCGAAGUUAUAGUACUACAGUAACACCGAAAGUACAAUCAGACUCAGCCAAAGAUAUAGCUCCAUCUUCAAUGUUGGAAAAAACUAGAAAUGUAGUUAUGAGACGAAAGAAGUCUGUGUCUACGAGCACUUCUAAAGUUGAAAAAGCUGAUAACAAAGAGGGUUCGGCAGAAGAGUUUUUUAUUGACGUAAUACUACAACGUCAUGCACGUCGAUUACUCUCGGCGAAACGACUUUCAGAUUUAGGCAGAUUCGCCGCCAGAUUAGACUUUCAUUUAGUUACAUGGUUUGGCAGAGAACGCGAUAGAGCAGCAAAAAUUGAUGAUUAUGUUGCAGCGCUAAAAGCAACGCAUGAGGAUUUUGCAUUUGCUUAUCCUGUGCUAUCACUUCCAUCUUUGCAAAGAUUUAGAAGAUCUAGCCUUACGUCUCUACGUUCAAUAAGAUCAGUUAGUCUAGAAAGUCCCGAAGAUGAACCAUUGAAUUCAAGUUUUGCGGUUGAUUUGCCUGAUAGCGGUUACACUAGUUUACCAAGUGGACGACCACCUUACACAACAUUAAUUUCACCCGUUGCUAGCUUAGAAACCCAGUUUCCCACUGCUGAAACUAAGAUGACAGCAAAUAUGUUGCACGAUGCUAAUAGUGUUCUUAGCGACAGUAGUACCAUUUGGAGAGAUGAUACAGAAUCUAUUGUUGGAACUGGAGUUGGAACAGUAUGCUGGGUUUCGCCAGAACCAGUAGAACAAACAGAAGUUCAUAAUAUCUCACCUUGUGCACCGAUAAGUCGGGCGGAAGUACAACUUAGAUAUCUUUUACAAUUAUUUCUGGAAGGUGGUUGUUUAGGAUGGGCUGCGGUACUAGCAACUAUUUUACGUGAUGCACCUGCUAUGGCUAGAACUAUCAGAGCAGCUCAUGCACCUAUGCAAACGUUCGAUUCUGUAAUUAAUUUAAGAGAUGGUCUUCUUACGCUAACUAGAUGGUCUCAUUCUGAAUGUUUGGGUUACAGACCAUUUAUGUCGGGCAUCCAAGUACAAAUUUCUUUGUUAAACAGACUAGUUGUAAUUAAGCAACAGCAAGAACAAGAGCAGAUCCCGGAGAGCCCUUCUCCAAGUCCAGCUCCAUCAGCUGGCAGUAACCAACGAGGAAACUUAACUCGAUCACGACACUCGUCUAUUAGUCAUGCUUCAACGACUGCUCCAUUAGAAGAAGAUCGAUCCCACGAAUUGUCACUAAAUGUUGAAGAGGUAGCUUUUCGAAAUAGUUAUAGUAAUCUCAAUAGUGCGGAAAAUACUUCUUCACAGUCUACAUGUGUAAUAUCUUAAAAGCAAUGAUGUCUUCUAAAAACUCAGAGGUAUUGUAUUAUAGAUUUUAGUAUUGAUAAGUAGGUACAAAAUUUUUUCAGAAUUUUCCAGCUUUCUAUGAAACUUGUUUUAAUAGACUCAGUUGUGAAUAGAAUUCGAGUAAUCACUGUUUGGUAUUAUAAUUCUGUUUAAAAUGAUGCGGGGUAGAUUUAGGAAAUGCAAACCUCUAAUUGAACGAAUAAGUUAUAUAUGUAAUAUAACGGGAGCUCUAAUCGUUUUUUUAUAGCGAUAUCAAAUAUAUUAGUUAAAUAUUGUAUAAUAAUUAUGUACGCAAUAAUAUCUUUAACAAUUUUAACAGCGAAGAUGAAAUGUUACGAAAUUAAUAUAUCUCAUUUUUAAGCAUUUCUAUAUGUGUAAAUAUGCUACUAAAGUUGUAGAAAAGGUAUCGUUGACAUAUUUUUACAUUCACUCUUAAACUACUUAACAAGAAACAAUAGAGUUUGAAAAAUCUGCAAAACAUGACUGAUACUAUUUCUUCCUUUCUUUGUAGACAAUAUACAAAAACAAUGAAUAUUACACUAUGAAUGCAAUUGGUAUUAGUAGAUUAUAGAUUUAAUUACGAGAGGAAGAAUAAUAGUGGAUUCUCAUAUUUUAUAUAUUGCAAUAUCGCAUCGACUGAAUUGUGACUGCAUUAUGAGAAAAUAGUUUGCACUAAUUAUCGUCAGUUUCACUAUGAAUUAUUUAUUUUAAAAGAUUUUUCAUGUGAAAAUUAACAUUGAUAAACUAUAGUUGUGUUUAUGCAGUAGUGUAUUAGAUAAAAUAACCGUCCUGCAAUCCAGAUUUUCGUUCAAAUACAAGAAAAAAUGUAUGUUAUACAAUCAAAUAAGAACAGAUUACUAUGUAUACCUAAUGUCAAUAACUUUACGAUUGAUAUUAAUCAAUUGAUAUAACAGAUAUUGGUUUUGUAUCAAGGUAUAGUAUGCUGAAUGAUGUAGAAUGAAAAGUAGACACUAUUGGUGAAUAAUAGUUUGUAUAAUAUAAAUUUUUAAAUGAGUAAAUUAAAAACUGCUAUUUCUAUUUAAAAAGAAUUAUAAAUGAUGUAAUAUAUGUUACUGGUUGGCCAAAUUGCGUAAAAAUUACUAAGAGACAUUAAUACUCAUAAAAUAAAACAAGCGUUUUAAUAAUUAAUUUGCAAGUUAAAAUUCCAUUUGAUUAAAUUAUGAUUAUAAAAGAAUGAUAUACAGUAGAUACAAUUUAUUUGAAUAUAUUGGUAGACAAAAUUAUUUGAAUAAUAAAGAUUCACCGAUUUUUUUCCUAAAUUUCUCAGAUAAUGUAAAUCGAUAUUUGCAAAAUUGGCUUUAAAGAUUUCAUUUUAUUCAAAUUAGUAUUUCAAUACGACUAAAUUUACAAGUAGGAUUUUAAAAAUUGUAAUCUGUUGUUACUUUAUGAAGUAAUUAUCUAUUUACUAAUCCAUGGUGUAUAUGACUAAUAAUUUGUUCUUGAUUUAAGUUUAUAUUUGAGCACAAGUGUUCAUAUAAUUGGGGUAUUUCUUACCAAUAGUUCAGAUAAAUGUAGUCCUCCUGUAUUAUAGCAAAUAAAAAAAUGGUAUUAAAUUUUUGUAACUAUAUAAAAAAUAAAUAUUACUAUGUAAUGAACAUAGAUUAUUACAUAGAGGUAACAUAGAGGUUACAUAGAGGUUACAUAGAGGUAGAGAUAUUACAUAAAGAGGUAAAAACAAUAUUUAUUUAAUAUCUUGUAUAGAUAAUGUUUAUUCGAUUUGUUAAUUUUUCAAUUUUAAUUUUGUGCUGUUUGUUAUUUUUAAUUUCAGUACUUUUAAUUUAAGUAUGAUAAUAUUUCAAUAAUCAAAAACGAAAAUUAGCUGAUUACAGACAGUCAAAAACAAUAAUCAAAAUUACUUAUAAGCAUCUAUAUCAGAUUAAUAUAAACUUAAGAAUAUUAAUUGGGGAAAUGGUUCAUAGAGAAACAAAAUGUAUGCCUAAGUAGUGAUAAUUGUAGAUUCAUUGUUUCACAGUUUCUUAAUAUUUAAGAAACUAGUUAGUACUGCCCCUUUUAUACGUAGCAUUGAAAUUAAUUAAUUGAACAUAAUGGACAACCUUAUUUCAACUUGUUCAGUAAUUAAACUCAGUUUCAAGGAAUCUAGCAAUGGAGGUUCACUGUGGUCUUGUAUAACAAUAAUACUAAUUAAUUCAUAGAGAAAACUGUGGAACACUAAUAAUAAACUAUUUAUACAUAUAUUGUAACAUAGAUAUUCCGAAAUAUAUAUUUUCCCAUAAAUAA